AUGUGGUGUCAUCUAGUUACACUGAGCUGCCGCGCCUAUUACUCCUGGGAAAGAGUGAACUACAGUCAUUGUUCAUUGAAUUUCUCAUGUUUUCCCCUUAUUUUUAACACCUUUCAGAACAAACUACAGUCACACAGCAGAGGUGAAUACAAUGUUUACAGUACCUUCCAAAGCCACGAACCAGAGUUUGAUUACUUGAAAAGCUUAGAAAUUGAAGAAAAGAUCAACAAAAUUAGAUGGUUACCCCAGAAAAAUGCUGCUCAGUUUUUAUUGUCUACGAAUGACAAAACAAUAAAACUAUGGAAAAUCAGUGAAAGAGAUAAACGGCCGGAAGGCUACAACUUGAAAGAAGAAGAUGGGCGGUAUAGAGACCCCACAACAGUCACUACUUUACGGGUACCCGUAUUUAGGCCCAUGGAUCUCAUGGUGGAAGCCAGCCCACGAAGAAUAUUUGCUAAUGCUCACACGUAUCACAUCAACUCUAUCUCCAUUAAUAGCGAUUAUGAAACAUACCUGUCUGCGGAUGACUUGAGGAUUAAUUUGUGGCAUCUAGAAAUCACAGAUAGAAGUUUUAAUAUCGUAGAUAUUAAGCCUGCCAACAUGGAGGAGCUGACAGAGGUAAUAACAGCAGCCGAAUUCCACCCGAACAGCUGCAAUACCUUUGUGUACAGCAGUAGCAAAGGAACUAUUCGCCUGUGUGACAUGCGUGCGUCGGCUCUCUGUGACAGGCAUUCGAAACUGUUCGAGGAGCCGGAGGAUCCAAGCAGCCGAUCCUUUUUCUCAGAAAUCAUCUCCUCCAUCUCUGAUGUCAAAUUUAGCCAUAGUGGUCGAUAUAUGAUGACUAGAGAUUAUCUCUCUGUGAAAAUUUGGGAUUUAAAUAUGGAAAACCGACCUGUGGAAACGUACCAGGUACAUGAAUACCUCAGAAGUAAACUUUGUUCGCUCUAUGAAAAUGACUGCAUUUUUGACAAAUUUGAAUGCUGCUGGAAUGGGUCCGAUAGCGUUGUCAUGACGGGUUCCUACAACAACUUCUUCCGAAUGUUCGAUAGAAACACAAAGCGCGACGUCACAUUAGAAGCUUCUCGGGAAAACAAUAAGCCUCGUACGGUUUUGAAGCCCCGUAAAGUCUGCGCGAGUGGCAAACGGAAGAAGGAUGAGAUAAGUGUUGAUAGCUUAGACUUCAACAAGAAGAUCCUCCACACAGCCUGGCAUCCCAAGGAAAACAUAAUCGCUGUAGCCACUACAAACAACUUGUAUAUAUUUCAAGACAAAGUCAUUUAGGGUAGUGGUCCUAUCAGAAGAGUUCACUUCCUGUCUAGUUCAGAUAGGUGAACUUAGCAUUUGUAAACAAUAUAGAGGAGGAAAUGGAGCAAGUGAGAGAGAAGUCCGUUGCGGUGCAACUUCCCCAGUGUUUAAACAAUGUGCCAUAGUGACAACCCAUUUUUCUAGAUAGCUACAUGGAUGGUCUUUCUCUCUCUCUUUGCUGGGCAGUUCUCCACAUCCACUAGCCGUUUAGGUGGGGGUAGGGCACUUUUUAAUGUAAAAUGACUACUUGCACCAUCUCACCUAAUGGACUAGAGAUUGGAUCCUUGCCAACAUUGGGUUCCUCCAGUUUUUUAUGCCUUCCAUUGUGAUGACGUCAGCCACAGAGCAAAGCCUUCAAGUAAUGCUGUGGGAUUUAAUUGUGUAACCUCAUUACUGUAUUAUUUGUGGCCCUUUUUUUUUUUAAUUAAAUAACAGCUUGUUCUUGCUGUGGCUUGUAGCAUUCCUCCUAUGUCUCCGAGACUCCUUUUCCCUUUUACAAUCCCUUUCUCCAGCCCUGUGGUGAUGGUGGUGUCUAGAGAAGAAGACGACGAAAAAUGAAAAGCACAUGAAAUGGGUCAGUGGUCAAGGGGGGAGGGUCUCUUGCAAAGAGUAAAAUGUUUUAAUAAAAUGUUGACUGCAAUCACUCCUUGCCAUGUCUGGCACUGAAAAUGAAAAAGGAAAAACGUAAGGGGGAAAAAUAUACUGAAUAAAAAUGUCGAAGAACGGUAAAUUGUUUUUUUUUUCCUUUUCAAUCUACCUCUUUAUAUUAAAAAUCUUGUUUUGUUUUGUUUUUUAAGUUGGAUACAUGAUGAAAUGGUCUGAUAAUGAUUUUAACCAGUAUUAACUUUCACGAGGAAAGGGAGAAGUAGGUGUUUUUUUUUAAUGACUUCUAUAUAAAAAUGCUAAAGAUACUUUAAUAUUUAUCUGCAGUUUCCAUUAAAAUAACUUCUUGGAACACUCUUGGAUUCUGCUGUUACAUUGAAUUAGUAAUUCCUUUGUCUCAUGUCAUCUCAAAUCUGAGCCUUCUCCCUUUCUUCCUCUUUAUUAACAGAAUUUUGUCAGAAUUGGGGAGGGUCUGAAUUUUGUAGAAUAGUACUAAAGUUUUAUGGGACUAAACUUUUUCAUGUGUUAAUCCCUUUGUCCUAAUUUCAGUGAAUGCCUUGUUUCAGAUUCAGACUCACACAACAGUGCUUUUCUUUCUUUUUUUAAA